AAUCCUUCACAUUCCCUUAACCUACUAGACACUCAUUUUGCUCAUUCACGGCAUACUGACAUUCCUCGUCGUCAAUUUCAUUUCUGUUGCAAUUUAUUUUUCUUCGUUUUCCGUUGAAAUUUAUGGGCAAGGGACCGUUCUCCUUUAGCCGCUUUGGUGGCCGUCACCGGCAAAAGAGAGUGACUGAUCUGCAGCAGCCGGUGGCCGGAGGGUCCAGCUCCCCGGGGAACACCGAGCAUGGACCUGGCCUCAUAAGCAAGGCCAAGAAGAAGCCCGGUGGCGUGAGGUUGUGGAUGAGGUUCGACCUGUCGGGUCGAUCAGAGCUGGUUGAGUUGGAUAGGAACGCGGUUAUCAAGCGCGCAGCGAUUCCGGCACGGGAUUUGAGGUUCCUGGGCCCUAUCUUCUCCCAGUCCUCCAAUAUCCUCGCCAGAGAGAGAGCAAUGGUAGUUAAUCUGGAGUUUAUAAAGGCUAUAGUCACAGCUGAAGAAGUGCUAUUGCUUGAUCCUCUUCGCCAGGAGGUUCUUCCAUUUGUUGAACAACUAAGGCAACAACUUCCAAAUAAAAAUCAACCUCAAUUUCAUGCCCGUGCAGUUGAACAAGAAACGGAAAUGCAGGUUUCAACUGGCAGACAAUUGCUAACAAUGCCAGAGCCCGAAAGUUUGCGAUCUGAGCUUCCAUUUGAGUUUCAAGCUCUGGAGACUGCUUUGGAAGUUGUCUGCACACAUUUGGAGUCAAAUGUGGCAGACCUUGAGAGAGCUGCAUACUCUGUAUUGGAUGAAUUAAUUAGGAGUGUCAGCACCAAGAAUCUCCAAAAUGUUCGAAGUUUGAAGAGUAAUGUUACUCUUUUGCUGGCACGUGUGCAAAAGGUACGCUGCUUAGGUAGUCAGGUGCGGGAUGAAAUUGAACAUCUGUUGGAUGAUAAUGAAGAUAUGGCACAAUUAUAUUUGACGAGAAAAUGGAUACAGAUUCAGCAAGCUGAGGGUUAUUCAGGAGUCAUAACCACAAACAGCAUCAGCACUGCAGCCAUAUCUCGUCAAUUUUCUUACAGAAGCGGAAGUCUUGUGACUAGCAACUUUGUGGGUGAUAAUGAUGUGGAGGAUCUUGAGAUGUUGCUUGAGGCAUAUUUCAUACAGUUGGAUGCAACACGUAAUAGGAUACUGUCUGUCAGAGAGCACAUUGAUGAUACAGAAGAUUAUGUUAACAUCCAACUCGAUAACCAACGAAACGAGCUCAUUCAGCUGGAGUUGACACUAAUCAUUGCAUCGUUUGCUAUUGGAAUUAAUACUUACAUUGCUGUCACUUUUGGCAUGAACAUUCCUUGUCAGUUUUAUGAAAACACUGAUGGACUAUUUUGGAAGUUCGUCGGUUGUUCUUCUGCAGCUUGCAUGCUUCUUUUCCUGCUCAUGCUGGCAUAUGCCAGGUCCAAAGGGUUGCUUGGUUCGUAAGUGUACUUUGAUAUCUAAAAUUAGUGUUCUGGCAUUUGAAUACACGCUUCCCAAAAGAGCAUCUAUUCGAUGAGAAUUGCAAGUUCAUUAAUUAUUUACAUCAGAAACCAAGUAGUUGUGAUGCAGAGUUAACCGUUUUGUAUUUUAUGAGUAUAAAAAUCAUUUAAUUUAUUUCAUGUAAUGACUGUUACGUUAU